CACCACCAUCAUUCGCUCUAACACUUAAGACGGCACACAUUCGCCAUUGUUGUUUUAACCAAGCUCGAUGCUUCCCCUCUCCCCGUUUGAGUUGGUAGCAGCUCUACUCUAUCACUCGAAAACACACUGACAGAGUUGCAAUGAGCCAUCUCGUCUCUCCUACCCUGUCUUGUCUCUCUAGAACAAUCGCAUUACCAGCUUCCAAGUUCCCCCCGACCCUACACCAAGUCUCAACAUUUCCCACGAGAACCGCUCGUUGCAAAUGGAGCUUUGAGACGAACGUGAUCGAAGCAGAAGUAACAUGUCGCGCUCGAUUGGAAAGCACCGCCUUCGUAUCCUCUAGCAGCCUCGCGAUGAAAGCCUAUUCACGGCUCUCCGCGCUGGAAAGUCCGACCGGCCGUUCGCCGACCCGAUUCACCCACGCUCGUACACAUCCCCCAAUUCAUCCCAGACUACUUUGGCACCCGAUUCGGUCGGAUCCGACGCCUGGAUUUCUUGGCUAUACGAGGGUGAAAUAUGCUUGUAUGUAGGGGGAGGGGUGGGAGUAGGUCGUAGGUCGUAGGCGAUGGAUGGUCUGCUGGUGGUCCCCGCUACAGGGUUCCUACCAGAUGGUGGUUGAUCCUAUCUGUCCAAGUGGAU